GGAAGGUUGGGCUAUUACACCCCCCAUGUUACCAUUCUGAGCUAAUAAACAAACUGAUCCAUGGCAGAAGCAUCUCAUUUGGUGUCACCCAGAAACCUAAAUCCAUUUCCAGCUACUAAGAAUUCCUCAGUAAACUUUCUGAUUUCACCCAGAAUACGCUACGUUUCAAGAAAAUAUGCGUACCCCCUGAGUGCCAAAUGGAAGAGUCCCAGUCGUCUGAUCACAAUAUCCACAUCGGACGGGAAAUGGCAUGGGAAAUGGAGCUAUGAUUACCUUCUCUCCCUACAAGAACUCAACUUACAAGAUUUGGUUGAAGAUGAACAUAAUCCAGAUGCUAUGGUUUCCAUCAACCUCUGCAUCCAAAAGCAUGCCAGCUUUGGGCUCUCUGUAGACGGAAGGAUCAUUACAUCCUUUACCAGAAAGUGUAGCAACUGCUUUGCUCCAUACUGCAGACAGAUUGAUACAAACUUCAAGGUGUGGGUUUUACCGUCGAGCAAAGAUGACGGAGAAAUUCAACUGCCGGAAAUUGGUGGAGAUGAUCCAUCAGUUAUCUAUGUCAAACCAGGAUAUGAAGCUCAUCUUGACUCACUCGUCCAGGACACCCUUCGCCUUGCCACCUCUUCUCAAGAUUCUUGCUCGGAAUCAUGUGCGAAGGCAGAACCCAAAUUACAUUAGCCUUAGAUAUGCAUUUAUCUAGAGGGAACCUCAGGGCUACUAAAUGAAGAAUGGUGAUCCUCUUCACUUCAUGAUAAAACCUUAUAUCAAUAUAGGUUGGAUGACAAAUGCACCAAGGAGAAGUUCAAUUUUGUAUUUUCUAUUUGAUUCCCUACAAUCCUUGGACUUUUGUAUAUAGAAAAUUGAUUUUCAGAAUCCAACAUUUGAUAGAAACAAAAUCAUGUCAAACAAAGCAAUAUACAUUAUAUAUAUAUAUAUA